AAAAAUGAUCGUUAAUGAGCCAUGCUAGAAAAAUCCACUUUCGCAACAUUCUUUCGUCAGAAAAAAGGGGGCGUAUAUUAGCAAUGCAGAGGUAGCUGGUCUGUAUCCUACAAAAAUAAGGCAUGGGGAAACGAAUACCACUUCGGUACAAUUUCCUGUCCUUUGUAUAUGGGGACAUAAACUUUACAAACAUGGCCGCAACGUCUUGACGUUGCGUGGUUUGCCAGGCAGGGGGAGACGUCGCUGAACUGUGGCGCGAGUACUGGAAAAAGGUAGUUAUGUUUGUUGGACUAUGGGGCUAUACUAUUAAGGCGGCAUUUUCUGAUGCUAUGUUUUCAGAUCAGGCAGCUCAAAAGAAGCAAACCCUGAUGGGUCCACCUUCCACAGAGAUACCAACAUUUGAAAGGGUGCAAACAUCUACCUAUACAAAUCGAUCAGACUGUUUCAGGCUUGGAGAGCGUAGUUUUACUCGCCAGUAUGCUCACACAUAUGCUACCCGCCUUCUAAAGAUGAGACCUCUUCUGGUAAAGAGGGCUAUACAAAAGUGGGGAAAUGAUAUUCCAGUAAAGACGCUUUGUGAGUUGCAAGUAGGGGAGAUCUGUUGUGUUGUGGGGACUAUUUUCAAACAUAUGGAGCUCCAGCCAUCCAUCCUCCGUGAAAUAAGUGAGGAGCACAACUUGUUGCCACAACCUCCCCGGGCAAAGUACAUCCACCAAACAGAUGAGUUAAUUUUAGAAGAUGAAUUACAGCGAAUCAAGCUAGAAGGAAAUAUAGAUAUUCAGCAUUUUGUGACUGGUGUUAUUAUUGCGGUGUACGGCAGUGAAAAGGACAGUGGCAAGUUUUUUGUUGAAGAAUUCUGCUUUGCAGAUCUUCCCUCUCAGCCACCCUUAAUGAACUCUGAUGCUGACAAGUUUCUGCUGUUGGUUUCUGGCCUUGGAUUAGGAGGUGGAAAUGCCGAUUGCCUUCUAGGAAUGCAGCUGCUAAUUGACAUGGUAACAGGCCAGCUGGGAGAUGAAGGGGAGCAGAGUAGUGCUGCGCAAAUCUCCCAUGUAAUAUUGGCAGGGAACUUGUUAAGUCCAGCCACACAAAGCAGAGACUCGCUAAACAAGGCCAAGUAUUUGACAAAGAAGACUCAGGCUGCUAGUGUGGAGGCCAUCAAGUUGUUGGACGAGAUUCUGGUGCAAUUAAGUGCCUCUGUUUCUGUGGAUGUCAUGCCAGGUGAAUUUGAUCCUACAAAUUACACUUAUCCCCAGCAACCACUUCACCACUGCAUGUUUCCAUUGGCAUCUGUUUAUCCCACACUUCAGCUGGUUACCAACCCCUACCAGGCAGAUAUCGAUGGGGUCAGGUUCCUGGGGACAUCUGGACAGAAUGUGAGCGACAUCUACAAGUACAGCAGUAUGGAUGAUUACCUUGACAUCCUUGAAUGGACGCUUAGAGCUGGACAUUUAUCGCCCACUGCACCAGACACUCUUGGCUGCUACCCGUUUUAUCUUGAGGAUCCUUUCAUUAUUAAAGAGUGCCCCCAUGUGUAUUUCUGUGGCAAUGCACCGGCAUUUAAAUGUAGGGAAAUAAGAGGUGUAGAUGGCCAGAAGGUGCUUCUUGUCGCAGUUCCAGAAUUCAGCGCAACACAGACAGCCUGUCUCUUGAACCUUCAUAACCUUCAGUGUCACCCUGUCAGCUUUAGUGGAUUCUCCUCUAUGGAUGAUGGAGACAUGGAUGUGAGCCACUGAGUGUGCACUUUCACUAGAACUUGAAUUGAUAAUUACAAUCACUUAGGAGUUUGCUGUUGUCAGAAUCUUCACUUCAGUUGAUGCUGCAUUCACUUUAGAGUCGACGGACCUUUCACAGGGAAUGUGCUGUGGAAACUACCAUCCUCAAGAGCCUUACGCUAAGUGCAUGCAAUCAAAACAAUCUUUUAAAUUCCUUAGUAGUUUUCUUUUUCUCUAAACCAAUUUCUGAAGAUCAUACACAGUUUCAAAUGCUUGUCUUUGUACCUGUGAUGUGCCCUUCUGAGUUGUAAUCUGUAACCUCCGUAUAGGUACUUAUACAAGAUAAUUUGGAGGAAAUGCAGUGGUAUCAGAAAGUUAUGCUACACCCAUUCACUUUUCAGGUAUCUGUAACUUAUAAUCAGCUGUUCCUUGUUUGUUUACUUACCAGGAUUGGCAUGCAGCAGAGACGGUCACAGGCAAUAACGCAAUAAAUGGAUUUCAUUUUUUUUUUCAGGGCUUGAUUUCAUUGGAAAGAAAAAAGAUUGUUUUGAUCCAGACAGGAACACAUCUGUCAUGUUCAGAGUAUUAAAUUGCUAAAUGAGACCACCACUCAAUUCUCAUGUUCUGCACAAACUUUUGGGUCAAGCUUAUUCAUAGAACUACUUAGGAGAGAGGUUUAUGCUUGGCAGCAAAAUGGAAGAAAGGUGUAGGAUGUGGAGCUAAGGUCAGUUAAUGGGACUUGCUCUGAGUGAUUCUGAUAUGAACUAAUGCAGCUUUUUUAGAAAAAUCAAAUGAAAAAAACAAAUGAAAUUUCCACACACAUUUUUUAUCUUUAUUCUUGUCAAGGGGAAGAGAGAAUUGUUGUAUGCACUUGUUCUAAUGCAAACUUAGAAUACCAUUGUCAUGUACACUGGUUUAGGCAGUUACCAACUCUGCAUUUGUCUAUAUUAGCACUGUAACAAGUUUUUGUGUUUAGAAUGUAUGAGAAUAGAUGUUGGCUGCCUAAGAAAUGUAAUGGGCAAUAAUCCUGCAUUUCAUUUUCCCUCCCUUCAAAUUUUCUAGUUGAUGCUCAUGUUCCCUAACAAAUCACCAAAUGUUCUCUGUUGUAACAGUUUGUUUUUUAAACUAUUAAAGUGGAAGUUAUAGGAUCUCUGAAGAUUCAACAUAGAUUCUGUGGCAUUUUAGCAAUUAAGAAUUCCUGUAAGACUUUUGCAUAAUUUGUUUUGCAGUUUAUGAAACUAAUAUUCCGGUGGUGUAGUUUUGAACAUAUGAACACAGUAGUUUGUUAAAUGCUGUAAAUUUCCUUCAGAUUGAAGGUGUUCAUGUUCCAGAUUUCCAUUUUAACCAUCAAGCCUCCUCCUUCUUUUCUACCCAGUUGUCCUGUAGGGGUGAGAGUUAGAUGUUUGUCCAUUUGGCCCAUUUGCUUCCUCCAUGGCCUUUCCAUGGGAUAAGGUAUGGGUCAUUUGAUGGAGAAUGGUGCCAUCAUCAUUUACAGGGUGUCAGUUUCCAAGUCCCUUACUGUCCCACUCAGCAUUCAUUCUGUAUCCUGAGGGGGAUAGAGUGCUAUGGGCUUAUGUCAUAAGCCUCACUCAAAAUGAGGUGCUCAGUCUACAGCCCUACAUCCCUUCACAGUUGAGUGGUUUCCGUUUGGAUUCUAUCCAUAGUCAGUGUUUCAGACGUGCACCCAUAUCCCUCCCCCAAGACAAAGGGAGCAGGCAACACUUAAUUAUUCCUUUCUUUCCAUAGCGAGCUGCUCCAUUGCCUUAGCCACUAACCAGAACUUGAGUUGGCUGGGCCAUGAUCGAUGUUUUUAUUAUUCUGUACAAACACGGUUGUCCUGAAAGCCUUCACUUUAAUUGAUAUGUAGUUGAGUAAGGCUGACAUUAGCAUUGUAAACUGAAUUUCAUUGUUUUCUGUCCCUCCAUUCUUCUGUAUGAAUUAACCCUUUGAUAUGGGGGAUAGUAUUUCUACGGCCAGAACAAUUGAGUGACUGACCAGCUGUUGCAUCAGUACGUUGGUGUGCAUGUACAAAGAUUGGGAAUUGGAUGUCCUUUCUCUUUAGCUGACAUUAGUACUGAUGUUUAACCACUAAGAAGUACAUUGAUGUCAGUUAAUACACACUGUCUGCCUCUCUACCUCACUUCAAAGCAUGCAGGUGUUGAAAGUGUUAACUUCAGAAGAGUAGCUUAUUUUCAUUUUAGAGAAACUGAUGAUGGCAACCAAAUUAGUAGAUGAGAUCCAUGUCAAAAUUAAUGCUAUGUGGUUUGAAUAAAUGUUUUUAUAUA